AGUUAGUCAGUUAUUAUGUCUUAACCAAUACGAGCGCGCGGCUAAGAACAAGUUUAUUUACUAAGUUAUUAUAAUCUGUGUCCAUUUAGUUCGAGUGCCUUGUUGUUUGUGUACAAUGUUGAAUAUUACUGUUGUGUUUAUUGUUACCUACAUAGCAUAUAGCAUAGCAGCUACUACUACAACAGCCAAAUAUGACAGUGCCAUAAAGUAUCCUGGCCCAGUACAUUACGCCUUCGACGACAGGGUCCACGACUCCUGCAGGGACCUGACCUACUGCACCAUCAAACCUGAUGACUAUCCUGAUGACAAGUUCAACGAAAUGUUCAAAGGUUACAAGUCACUACCACAACCAACGUUGAUAGAAGAGUUAAAACCUGAUGAUAAUAGACAAGGGCAUCCGGACGAUGAGGACGACUGUGUAAGUGUGGUGACGUACGAACCACUGUACACAGUCCGGCCGAAGAGAGACGAUCCUUGGAGGACCGUGAUCCAAGCGCCUGAGCAGGACUUCGUGCAACGCGUGCGUUUGGAAACAUGCUCAGAACCGGACAGUGCGUGCUUCACCAACCUCGCCCUGACGUCAGACUACUUGACGUUCUGCAAACAGAAAGUUGUCACGUGGGAAGUGCUAGUCGCUAAGGGAAAGAAUGAAACAGAGAAAAUCAAAGCGGAGUUACCUAUUUGUUGCUCUUGCCACUACAGACCUAUCGACUUCGCCAGAUUUGGAUUACCAGAGAAUAACAUUAAGAAUUAGCUAGCAUCUUCUUUAGUAAUGGGGAUGAUGACUAGGUUUGAAUAUAUUGAUUUUUAUGAUACAUUCGGGUAAAUAAAGUCAAUGUUAACUAAUUUAUACAUAAAAAGCAAAGAUUGUUUGGAUAUUUGCAAAAUAAAUAAAAUUUCAAAAUCUAUUAAAUUUUUUUUAUCGUAAAUAGAUAAAAAUUCAUACAGUUUUAGCUUCCUUACAUUAAAUGUGACAUCUUUCAAUAAAUGAACUAUAAACAUAAACGCACAAAUAACAAAGAUAUUAGUAAUUUUGUUUGAACACCUAUACAAACCUAACGAUCAGCGAGCCAACAACGUCACUAAAUCGUGCCAUUUUUAACCGACUUCAAAAAGGAGGAGGUUCUCAAUUCGGUCGGUAUUUUUUUUUUUUUUAUGUAUGUACACCGAUUACUCAAAGACGCCUGGACCGAUUUCAAAAAUUCUUUUUUUGUUUGAAACGGUAUACUCCCCAUUUGGUCCCAUUGCCAUCAUGACAAGAUCUGAUGAUGGAAUCCUGGAGAAAUUGAGGGGAACUUUCGAAAAUUAUAUGGGUGUCUAGUGUGUUUGUAAACUUUUCCAUUUAGUACCUUUAAGAAAUACAAAAUUAUGAAGGUUUAAAAUCGAUCUGAUGAUGGAGCCAUAAAACAGACGAGGGAACUCCUUGGCGAUUUACAGCAGUUACCUUGUGUUUGGGCUUGAUUAAUUUGUAUUAAUGAGAACUUUCCACAUAGACAGGUUGUGACUCUCAUUUAGGGGUUUGGUGAUGAAGACCAAGGACAAUUAAGGGAACUCCUUAACAGUUUACAGUAACUACCUUGUGUUUGGCCUUGAUUAAUUCGUAUUGCUGAGAACUUUCUACCUAGAUGAGUUGUGUCUGUUAUUAGGGGUCUGAUGAUGAAGAACAAGGUCAAUGAAGGGAACCCCUUGACGGAUUACGGUAGCUACCUUGUGCUUGGGCUUGAUUAAUUUGUAUUGCUGAGAAUUUUGUACCAAGAUGGGUUGUGACUGUCAUUAGGGGUCUGAUGUAUUCGUUUGAGAUGAAAUUUUACACUAAAAAUGGAAAAAUAAUAAAAAUUUUAAUAAAAAAAUACAACCGACUUCAAAACCUAAAAACGUACCCACUAAACUAAAAAGUGAAAAAUAACAUCAUAAUAUGUUCUACCUGCUGAUCAGUAUGAAGUCGGUGCUUAGCCGGUGUUGUCUUAAUUUAAGCCAUUUCUGACAGGACCACAUGAAACAACACUGUCUGCAAAAUCUAAAUCUAUAAGAUAUGCUCACAUGGCUUGAAUUAAUACAUCACCGGCUUAGCACCGCCUUCAUACUGAUCAGCAGGUAGAACAUAUUAUGAUGUUAUUUUUCACUUUUUAGUUUAGUGGGUACGUUUUUAGGUUUUGAAGUCGGUUGUAUUUUUUUUAUUAAAAUUUUUAUUAUGUAUGGAGCGUAUUUCAGGGAUCCGCGGCAGCGCCGCAAGUCUGACCCUUUAAAUCCCUGUAGCUCCGAAAGUAAUGAUCGCAGAUACCCUGUUACUUUUACAAAAUUGCUAUUAGUAUACUCUUAAUUUAUAUACAAUUUAAAAAACUGUCAUCAUCCCUAUUGUGGACGUUCAAUGCUCUCUUUAAGCUGGAGCUUACUGUCAUCCUCAUCAUCCUCAUCAUCAUCAUCAUUCAUCAUUAUCAACCCAUAUUCGACUUACUGCUGAGCUCGAUUCUCUUCUCAGAAUGAGAGGGGUUAGGCCAAUAGUCCACCACGCUGGCCCAAUGCGGAUUGGCAGACUUCACACACGCAGAGAAUUAUGAAAAUUCUUUGGUAUGCAGGUUUCCUCACGAUGUUUUUCCUUCACCGUUUUGAGACACGUUAUUAUCCUAAAAUAUUUCUUAAAAUGCACAAAACUGCAUGUUGCAUGUUGGAGGUGCAUGCCCCGGACCAGGUUCAAGCACACACCCUCUGGAAUCGGAGGCAGAGGUCAUAUCCACUGGGCUAUCAGCGGGUAGACUUCCAAUGCUGGACUUGCUGGAGGCGUUUUGUACGAACUUCCAAACAUAACAGUCCUGCGAAGCCUGAAAACUAUUAUGGUAUUGUGGCGAUGCAUUAAUAUUUAGGUUAUAUAAUAAUUGUAAGUUAUUUAUAACUCUUUAAGCUGCAUUGUACAAAAACCACGCAACAUUCCUUUGUGUUAGAAUUACGUAACGCCGAUGGAAUGUCAACCCUUGUUAAGUGUUCACACUUAGCCAAUAACAAUUCGACAGGAGUUUCGACGCAUAGGCGCCAGUUCGAUUCUCCAAUGACAGCCGUUAUAUUUCGGGAUACAAUAAUCCUUUGUUUGUAAAGUAUUAUAAAUACUUAAUCUUGGCCCCACUAGGCCAGAGUACGUUAAACGGCUUAACCGGCUACCACGCUUACGGCUAAAUCGCGGCUCUCAUUUCAACGUCAUAAAUGCGUCACAUACGCAUUCGAUUCAUCUUUGUUAUUUAGUUUGUACAUUCUAUUUUUAGUUCUAUUCCGUGUACAAAUAUUAAAUAUACCUUUUUAUAUUAAUUAUGGGAGUUUAAUUCAUACACCACACGCGCGCUCCCAUAAAGUGGUGACCCCGACGUGAUACCGCUCGAAGAUAUCACCGCCGAAAGAGUAGCGCGCGCUUUCAUUAGUGGAUGGAUCGCACGUUUUGGAUGCCCGCAACGGAUUACGACCGAUCGUGGUCGUCAAUUCGAGUCGCAUUUGUUUAAAGAGCUUGCUACGCUCACGGGAGCACAGCACCUUACUACCACCGCAUAUCAUCCCGCUGCAAAUGGUUUAGUCGAACGAUUUCACCGACAAUUGAAGGCCGCUAUCAUGUGCCAAAACAAUGAAAAUUGGUAUGAAGUUUUGCCUCUUGUUUUACUCGGUAUUCGUUGCGCCUGGAAGGAAGAUAUAGCAUCAACCUCCGCUGAGUUAUUGUACGGUGAAAGCUUACGUUUGCCUGGUGAUCUGUUUCUACCUUCCACGUCGGAAGUCACGGAUUACAACGAUUUUCUAUCUCGGCUUCGCAAACAUAUACGCGCUUUAAAACCUACACCGGUCGUUCGACACGGAGAUUCGAAAACAUUCGUUAGUAAGGAUCUAUCGUCCGCCGUUGCUGUUUUUCUUAGGCAAGAUGCAGUACGUAAACCGCUCCAACAUCCAUACUCUGGCCCAUAUAAAAUCGUUGAAAGGUCAGAGAAAACUUUUAAAAUCGAUAUCGCUGGUAAAAUUGUUACGGUUUCAAUCGAUCGUUUAAAACCGGCAUACGUCAUUAACGAAUCUCUCGUGCCCGCAGUUCCUACAUCGCCUGUCACUAAGCCAACGGCAAUAACUACUCGCUCUGGCAGACGCGUAAAAUUUCCAGCGAAGCUUACGACCUAACGGUCUCCCGGGGGGCUGAUGUGGCGAUGCAUUAAUAUUUAGGUUAUAUAAUAAUUGUAAGUUAUUUAUAACUCUUUAAGCUGCAUUGUACAAAAACCACGCAACAUUCCUUUGUGUUAGAAUUACGUAACGCCGAUGGAAUGUCAACCCUUGUUAAGUGUUCACACUUAGCCAAUAACAAUUCGACAGGAGUUUCGACGCAUAGGCGCCAGUUCGAUUCUCCAAUGACAGCCGUUAUAUUUCGGGAUACAAUAAUCCUUUGUUUGUAAAGUAUUAUAAAUACUUAAUCUUGGCCCCACUAGGCCAGAGUACGUUAAACGGCUUAACCGGCUACCACGCUUACGGCUAAAUCGCGGCUCUCAUUUCAACGUCAUAAAUGCGUCACAUACGCAUUCGAUUCAUCUUUGUUAUUUAGUUUGUACAUUCUAUUUUUAGUUCUAUUCCGUGUACAAAUAUUAAAUAUACCUUUUUAUAUUAAU